UUUGAGUAACACAGCCACUAAACCAAAAAGUAAACUCAACCAGGAGCAAAAUGCUGAAAAGGAAGAUGUGUUAGUCCAACUUUUUCAAGAUGCAGAAGAUAUGUUAGAGCAAGUUUUUCAAGAUGCAGAAGAUUGGGGUGCUGAUUUUAUGACUAGCUUGGCACAUACACCUCAGCAACAACAGCAGCAAAACACCAAUGUGCAGCAGCAACACCAUCAAACACACCAACAACAACAGCAAAACACCCAUGUGCAGCAGCAACACCAUCAAACACACCAACAACUGCAGCAAAACACCCAUGUGCAGCAGCAACACCAAACACAUCACCAACAACAACAGCAAAACACCCAUGUGCCGCAGCAACACCAUCAAACACACCAACAGCAAAACACCAAUGUGCAGCAGCACUACCAAACACACCACCAAAAGCAACAGCAAAACACCAAUGUGCAGCAGAAAUACCAUCAAACACACCAACAACAACACCAACAACAGCAAAACACCAAUGUGCAGCAGCACUACCAAACACACCACCAAAAGCAACAGCAAAACACCAAUGUGCAGCAGAAAUACCAUCAAACACAACAACAACAACACCAACAACAGCAAAACACCAAUGUGCAGCAGCACUACCAAACACACCACCAAAAGCAACAGCAAAACACCGAUGUGCAGCAGCAAUACCAUCAAACACACCAACAACAACAGCAAAACACCAAUGUGCAGCAGCAAUACCAUCAAACACACCAACAACAGCAACAGCAAAACACCAAUGUGCAGCAGCAAUACUAUCAGACACACCAACAACAACAGCAAAACACCAAUGUGCAGCAGCAAUACUAUCAAAUACACCAACAACAACAACAGCAAAUCACCAAUGUGCCUAACCUAGCUCCAGGAAUAAUCCCUCAAAUCCCUAUGGGCUUGAUGUUGCAAGCUCAAACUCUCCCUCCUCAACAAGUGACUUUCGUACAGUGGGAGCAACAGCAAUGGGUCAAGACUUCUCCUGAAACCAAGCUGUCUGCAUCCCCACAGUGGAUGAAGCCAAUGGUAUUACAGUUCAAGGAGGGCAACAACCCAGUCUUCAUUCAUCCACUCAGUGAGCAAGCUUCCAUUCCAAUCAAUCCAUGCCUCAUUACGGAUGAGCAAGAUGAAGAAUUUGAUGAUCUGCUUCUAUCAGAUGUGAUUAAGUUUGUUGAGGCUUUUCCUGCAAGCAUUCAACUGGCUCUACAGCAGCUAUCACAAGAAAGCUCCAGCUAUUCCUUUAUUCAGUUAGCAGAAGUUGUCUUGGAUGUUGGCAGGAAACCCAGAGCACGGUAUCUGAAGUCUGGGUUGAGUUCUGAAAUGAUGGAAAAAGUGCUGAAUCGUGAUGAGGUGACCAAGCAGGACUUGAAGGGUAUCUUGGAAGACAGCGGCUUUGCCAGGACAAGCAACAGUCAAGGCAUGGUCACGGAUACACUUCACAGACUUGGCCUGCUGGCAAACAUACAAGGAGAGGUCAUUGGCAUGACAGCCAAGGUUGAACACCCCCUUCCAGGAUGCCUCAGCCCAUUGUAUGAUAUAUUCAACAAGGGCAAGUCCAUUCUGGUUGUUGGACCUACAGGGGUGGGCAAGACAACUCUGUUGAGGGAAGCUGCAAGGGUGUUGAGUGAUGUGGAGAAGAAGAAUGUCAUGAUCAUUGACACAUUAUCAGAGAUAGCUGGAGAGGGAGACAUUCCACAUCAAUCUAUAGGAUCUGCUCGAAGAUUACAGGUUAUAGAAAGCAAUCUCCAGCACAAGGUCAUGAGUGAAGUGUACCAGAACCACAGACCUGAGAUUGUCAUCAUUGAUGAGAUAUCCAGUCUGGAGGAAGCAGAGAAGACCCUCGACAUGAAGCUACGAGGAAUCCAACUCAUCGCUGGUGUCCAGGGUAAGACCCUCGCUGAUGUCCUCCUGAACACUGCCCUCACACCUAUCACUGGUGGCAUCAAGGAGAGUGUGGGUUACCCAGGGGGAGUGCCAGGGAGGCUGAGGACCGGUCCUGUUGUGUUUGAUGUCCUGGUAGAGAUGCUCGACAUGGAGCGAUGGAUCAUCCAUUGGGACUUUCAGUGGGCCAUUGAUGCUGUUUUACCAGGUGGAAGGAGAACUCUUGAGGUGGAGGAGAGGAAAGUUGUCAAACUUGGAGGUGAUCCUGAUGGUGGACUGGGAGGUCAACAGGUCCUUGCAAUGCGGAUGUCUUCUACUUAUAAGAUAUACACACAGUGAGGUCUUAUAAGAUAUACACACAGUGAGGUCUUAUAAGAUAUACACACAGUGAGGUCUUGUUAUACACACAGUGAGGUCUUAUAAGAUAUACACACAGUGAGGUUUUAUAAGAUAUACACACAGUAAGGUCUUAUAAGAUAUACACACAGUAAGGUCUUGUAAGAUAUACGCACAGUAAGGUCUUAUAAGAUACACACACAGUAAGGUCUUGUAAGAUAUACACACACUGAGGUCUUUAAGAUAUACACACAGUAAGGUUUUGUAAGAUUUACUCACAAUGAGGCCUUCCAGAAGAUAUUACAUGAAAAGCAGCUGCUUUAUUUCAUACAGAAGAAAUUGCAUUACAAACAACUGCUUUAUUUAUUCCAAUCAAGGCCAGCAUUGUUAAAAUCGCAUUUACUGAUUUGAUAAGUUUUUUUUUUUGUUGCAAAGACUUUGCUCAUGUGACCAUGUGCAUAUUGGGCCAUCCAUAUUUAUUGAAGAGUAUAGAUGGAUAUCUGUCUCUUUUUUUUUUAAUUUCAUCUUGACUCCAGAGAUACAUUUUUAUGAUUUUUAAAUAAUUUAAAUGUAAAAGGAAUAUGUGUGCUUAAGCCAUCUAUUCCCCAUCAUUUAAAAGGAUUUUACUCUUGUGGACAAAAUUAACCCCUUAACUACUGAAUUCUCUCAUUCCCAUAGGCUUUAAUACAGGAACCACCCAGUUCCAGUAGGCUUUGGGUUAAUGCUGCUUUUCAGAUUAUUCAUUAUUUUAGAGUUUUAAUGUGUUUACAAGUCACCUAAAAAGAUAUUUGUAUACGACUAGGCCUAGCAACCUCAAAAACGGUUUACUCAGUAUACUAUGGACUAACAGAUAGUGAGUACGAACAAGUGAAGAAUAACUUAUAUCCCAUUCACAUAACCUAAGUGAACCUGUAACUAUUUAUUUGCACCACUUUCAAAUGAAUUUGGUCAAAAAAGAUAGCUCUUGGUGCCUUAUAUAAUUAUAUUGAAUAUUUAUUGAAUAAAUAUAUUGGCAAAUGGUUAAUUGUCUUUUAAAUGCAGAGUCACAUUAGUCCCAUAAUCAGGUCUUUAGUCUACCAAUUCUGCAGUUAGAUGUGAUUCUGAUUUUGUUUAAUAAAAGGAAAACCUCAGACCAACUUCCUUUGUUCAAUCCAUAUUUUAACAAAACCUUAAACCAAGUGUUGGUUUAAAUUUUUAGUUAAAUAUAGGCCAAAGAGAGUUUUAAUGACAGUGCAAUUAUCCAAAUAUCUAUCAUCAUUGAUUAGAAAAAGAAGUUUCACAAAUCUAGAUUGCCUAUCACUGUAAAAUAUGAUGCUGUGAGUGUGCUUCU